GCAAUUUCAAAAUACAUGCGUACAAUAUUUUUCACGAGCAAUUUAUACACAUAAAAGUGUGUGUUUAUGUGUAACUAAGUGCAUUUGUGUGAAGAAAAARAUAAAAAAAAAAUUAAAGAUAAAGAAAAAUUGAAUUGAAAGUUAAAAUUGAGCAAUUGCUAUUAGCACAGCUGCAGCGAUAGACAACAGUUGCCUAGCAGCCGACUGCAGAGCGCAAGUGCUGCACAAAAGCAUACAUAUAUAUGUACAUACAUACRCACUUAUUUAUGUGAGGCCCACAAAAAUUGAGCACAUCCACACAGCGUUGACCUUGAAGGUUUUGCUGUAAAUUCGCCAAUCAUUUUACGAAAGAAAUAAUACUUUGCUUUCUCGAGUGUGAGCGUCGCAGAGUAAAGUGAAAAAAAAAAUAAUAAUAAUAAUAAUUGUGAAAUGCAAAUGAAAUGAGCUUUUMCUCUUUGUCGCCAUUGUCGAUCGAAUUGGGUCUUAAGUGUGCCACUUUGUGCCUAUUUUAGUGCUGCCAGUGCUGGCGCGUGAGUGGCAAGCGGGAGGCGUGCACCGGUCAACUCGUCAUCGGCAUCAUUGCAACUUGUAUUAAGCGACGAUUCAAAUUGUCGUUGAUUUUUCUACACUUAAUUCUACUUCUUCCAAGUUUCGUGUUCGGCAAGAAAACCGCCACAUUUGUGGAAGUCRUUGAGAGAAUUUCAAGAAUUUCCCAAAAUCUAAGUGGCAACCACAUGCUUAAGUGUUGCUGAGUGUGUUGUAAGUGCAGAAAAGCUAGCAAACAGCGGCAGCCGGAAAAAACAUACUUGAGUUGUGUGSUGUUGUUACUUAACGGGAAUCGUGAAAACAGUCAAGAGUGGUUUUUGAGAAAAAUCUUCAAGCAAUAAUAAAAAAAAAAAUUAUCAAACAUAAAAAAUAAAGCAAAUAUAAAAAAAUUGAACGAAGUAUCAGCAGCUAACGGCGAGACAAUAAUAACAACAACAAAAUUCGUGGCAACAAUUUGUACACGUUUGGCACGAUGGAGGGCGGCUACGUGAAUGAAGCUAUCAUUAAUUCCAAUACUCAUUCGGCAAAAUUUCAAAAUCCAUUCUCGGCUAAACAAACAACACCAUUAAACACAACAACACAAUUGUCAUCAACCAAAUUGCAAGAGCAACAACAAGCAACAAUGAAAAAUUCAUCACCCUCAUUGGCAUCACCAAAUUCAUUUCGUUCGAAUCGCUUUGCUUCGUCUUGGCAGGAUAUCGUUCGAAAAGUGCGAAAUUUCGAUUACAAUCGUGUGAAAAAUAUUAAAGAACAUUUUCAUAUCGAAUUUGUAACAAAGGAGAAAUUUUCGGGUGGCCAACUGAAAACAAAAAAUGGACAAAAAUAUGUAUUCAACGGUCCACCGUCAGGCAUUUACGUUACCAGAACAUGCGUAUUCUUCACCGCGAUAGUGACGGUUGUGGCGCUCAUCUUCACCGUACUCAUCACAUAUUUCUUGACAGCGAACUCCGUGACAACGCCCAGCUGCUUCAAUGGCAAUUCAAAUAAGAACUCGCCGCCCUUGGCUCUGUCCUCCAAUUCGAUUGGCCCACAAUAUAACAGCACUCCAGUGGCGACGGCUAGCAUACUUGGCACGGCACCACACACCGCCAGUCCCAUAUCGAAAUAUGGUACCACACCACCAAUUGCGCCAAUCGGUGACAUCAGCUUACCGCCAGAGCAUGAUAUCCUCGGUGCCGACAAAAGUAAAGCAGCCGAUAGGAAAUUGCAGCUGUACGACGGCUGGAGACCGCUGCAUUACAACAUUGUAAUUGAGCCCAACAUUAAAACCGCCACCAACAAUGGUAGCAUUACCAUUGAGGUACAGCGUGACGCCAAUAUCCCUACUCUGCUUCCGAUUAUUCUUGAUGUGCACAAUAUUUCCGUUUCGAAUGUGCGCGUCAUACGCUCGCCCAGCAAUGUCUCAACCAGCGAUGAAAUCGAAUUGGAUUUCGAUGGUAAAUACGGUGAGAACAACUCAUCCUUUGUAGUGGCCAUUAAUAAAGGUAUUGAGGAUGAGCGCGAUGUCACGUUGAUUGUUAGCAUGGAUUUUGUUAGUCAGAUAACCGACACGCUUCAAGGUGUGUACAGAACAAGCUAUACGAAUUUGGAAACCAACAAAAUCGAAUGGAUGGUCAGCACGCAAUUUUCGCCCGUCGACGCUCGGCGCGCAUUCCCUUGCUUCGAUCGUCCCGAUAUGAAGGCAAACUUUACCAUCACUAUUAUACGCGAUGAUAAACUCGGCAUGGCGUUGUCUAAUAUGCCUCUCUAUCGUAGCUCUGUGCACCGUCCAGGCUUCACGCGCGAUGAUUUCGUAACAUCACCGAAGAUGCCUAUUUACAGCUUCGCUUUUGUCGUUUCCAAUUUGGUGAAAUCUCAUUAUUCCGACUUGGAUGCAAGCCUUGUACCGCGCGUAGAGAUUUGGACACGCCCCGAAAAUACCGAAAUGACAAAUUAUGCGUAUUCAAUGUUGCGAAAGUUCUUGCCCUACUUUGAAGAUUAUUUCGGUAUAAAGAACCGUCUGUCGAAAAUCGAUAUGGUGUCGAUACCGGAUUUUGGUUUUAGCGCUAUGGAAAAUUGGGGACUAAUUACAUUCAGAGAUUCUGCGCUCCUCGUGCCCGAAGAUCUUGAUCGUGCUUCUUCGUCCGAGCACAUGGAGCAUGUUGCUCAGAUUGUCGCACACGAAUUGGCGCAUCAGUGGUUUGGCAAUUUGGUUACACCCAAAUGGUGGGACGAUCUUUGGUUGAAGGAAGGUUUUGCCUGCUACAUGAGCUACUUGGCGCUGAAUACCAUACGUCCCGAAUUCCAAAUUAUGGACACUUUCACAAUCUACGAAUUCGGUGAUGCCAUGCAACAUGAUGCCGACAACAGUUCACAUUCCAUUGCUUUCGAUGUGAAAUCAACCACCGAUAUACGUCGCAUCUUCGAUCCGAUCACCUAUUCAAAGGGUAACAUACUAUUGCGCAUGUUGAGCUCAUUUGUGGGCGAUGAAGCCUUCCGUGCGGCCACACAAGAUUUACUGAAGUCCUACGCUUACGACAAUGCCGAUCGUGAUGUGUUGUGGGAUUUUAUGACACGACAUGCGCAUGAGCGUAAGACCCUGCCCGAUAGUCUGCAAGUGAAAACGGUUAUGGAUUCAUGGAUAAUAAAACCUGGUUAUCCCGUUGUAACCGUCGAGCGCCGUGAAGCCGAUCUGGUGUUGACACAAGAACGUUAUAUGUUGCCCUCACGAAAUAUGUCGGAUGACAGCCGUUUUGUUGUGCCGAUCACCUUCGAAACGGAUGAGUUACGCAAAGGCGACAAUAUACCUACACAUUGGAUGUUAGAGACUGAUCGACAAAUUGUCAUAAGCGACGCUUUUACCUCGGAAAAUAAUACCGAUAAUGUGGUGUACGUGAACUUGAAUCGCCAGGGUUACUAUCGCGUCAACUAUGAUAUGCCUUCUUGGUUAGCAUUGAAGAAAAAGUUCACCACGCUUCCCCGUAUCACACGCGCACAACUUUUGGAUGAUGCUUUGCAUUUGGCGCAAGCCGAGUACUUAACCUAUGACAUACCGCUGACCUUCCUUAUGGAGAUCUUCACAGCCACCGAUGACGAGCUAUUGUGGCGUGCCACGCAACGUGGCCUCAAUUACCUCAUCUAUAUGUUGCAUCGCGAGCCUGCCUAUGAGACAUUCAGAGCCUUUAUGAAAUUCAUUGUACGCCCCGCCUUCGACCGUUACGGCUUGAAUGAGCCGGACAAUGAAUCGCACAUACAGUUACAACAUCGCGCCAAUAUUGCGCGUCUCGCAUGCAAAUUCAACUACGAUCGCUGUACAAUGCCAGCGCACCGGAAGUAUCGCGAGUGGAUGGCCGAUCCCAAACUCAAUCCCAUUAAGCCAAAUCUGAAAUCGAUUAUUUAUUGCACGGCGCUCGCUGAGGGCUCCUUCCAGGAAUGGUAUUUCGCUUAUAAGCAAUAUAAACGCACCACAAGCGCAUCCGAGAAGGAGCAGAUCUUAACAUCUUUAGGCUGCACCACAAAGCCAUGGCUGCUCUCUAAAUAUCUAAAUAUGACCAUCGAUCCAACUUCUGGUAUAUUGAAGCAGGAUGGCGCUCGCGCUUUCCGCGCCGUUGCUGAGAACUCGAUUGGUUAUGAAAUUGCAUUUGAUUUUCUGCAAUCGAAGAUCAAGGAAAUCUCUGAAUACUUCGGCGACGGAUUCUCCACACUCACCGAAAUGAUCAAAUCCAUCACCACGUACAUGAAUAAGGAAUAUCAUAAAGAUCAGCUGCAGCAAUUUGCCGAUCGUGCACGCAAACUCAGUCUGACAGCAGUCGAAGAAGCCAUCGGCUUGGCCAUGGAGCAAGUCAACAACAACAUUUACUGGCGUGAGCAUUCUUACUAUCAACUGAAGGACUUCCUGGAAGCGAUAGUUAGCGAAUUUCACAUAAAUAUAUUUUAAGUAAGGCGAAAGUACGCUGGUAGAGAGUAAGGAAAAGCAGAACGAAAAGGCAAACAUGCAAAGAGCAGUGCUUAGGAAUCUACAAGAAAAUGAGUUUGAGCGUUAUGUAAGUGGAUAGUGUUUGAUUGAGAGAGCAGUGCGUUUGGAGCAGACCAAAUGAAUGAGCGAAUUGUUGUAGAAACGUACUACUACUCAUUUUCUUUUUAGCAUUAGAUAGUUUAGCGUAAGCGUGUAAGCUGUUGUAAGAGGAACCACAUAGGAGCUUUAAAUUUUGCGUGACAACAACAAGCAAUUCACCGUUAACAAAAACAAAAAUCGUAUUGACAUUGAAAUUUUUGUAUUUAAGCACACAAUUGAAAAUUAUAUUUUGUAAUGAUAUGUUGUUUUGCCAACAAAGUGAUAUAUUUGUAUAAGUGAAUGUACCAUAUUUCCUCUGCUGAAGCAAUGAAGCCAACUUUUAACUAACGGAAAAAGAGAGAGUGUAAAAGUAAUGUGAAUUUAUUUUUUUAGCACAAAAGC